AUGUCGCCUAUCAUACCUCAUAAUGCAGAGCCAUUGUCGAUUCCUGCGUCGACCUCGAUCGUCACAGUUCAAGCUGUAGACACAACGUUACAACUCUAUGUGAAAGCAACCAACUUUUGGCAGCCUGUGCUUCCUGGCCACGAGGUCUACAAUUGCCCGGCAAUGGCGUUUCUCAUCACCAACCAGACCACAGGAAGACAGAUAUUAUUCGACGCAGGAGCACGCAAGGACUACUGGAAUUAUUCCCCCCUGGUCACUGGACGGUUCAAGACCGGCGUCAAUGUCAAGGGUCUCCGAGUUGGCAAGGGAAUGGAAGAAACCCUCGUCGACGCCAAUGUCGCCGUGGAUGGUCUGGAAAGCGUUGUAUGGAGUCAUUGGCACUUCGACCAUAUUGGAGACAUGUCCAAGUUUCCAAGUUCAGUGACGAUUACAGUUGGACCUGGAUUCCAGAGCAACUUGCUUCCCGGGUAUCCAACGAACCCGCAAUCACCGUUGCUUGAGACCGACUAUAGCGGCCAUGAGCUGAAUGAGGUGUCGUUCGAGUCAGACUUGAAAAUUGGCAAGUUUCGGGCCCACGACUACUUUGGUGACGGUUCAUUCUACCUGCUCGAUGUCCCAGGUCAUGCUAUCGGACACAUGUGUGGUCUCGCACGUACAACGCCAGAUACAUUCAUACUCAUGGGGGCAGACGCCUGCCAUUUCGCAGGUAGUGUGCGACCGUCACCCUACGUGCCUCUUCCUGAAAAUGUUGAUGCACAAUCAAAUGGAUUGGAUCAGCCUUAUUUCCCCAACCCGUGUCCCUGUUCGUUCAUGGGAGUCACCCAUCCGAGGACUACGGAGCACGAGAAAAGAACGAAACCAUGGUACACCGUGAGCGAAGCACCAGGCAGUGCCUACAUCGACCCGGCUACGGCAAAUGAGAGCAUUGCUGCACUACAACAGUUUGACGCAAGUCCUCAAGUCUUUCUAUGCCUCGCCCACGAUCCGGCACUUUUUGAGGUGUUGCCGCUCUUGAACCACAACCCCCAAAACGUCGUAAAUGACUGGCAAGUCAGGGGUUACAAGGAGCGCACAAGGUGGAGAUUCCUCAAUGAACUACCGCGGGAUGGAAUGCCCGGGAGACCUCCUAUCGUCCUGGGCUUUUGGCGAGAUGAUAAGCCGGUGGGUGUUGAGGAAGCAUUUCAGACUUAG